AUGGAUAUUGACGAGCCCCAAGUUAAUAAACCCCAAAGAAUCGAAAACGAGGGGGAUUCGGUGGAACUUUUACGCGUUUUUUAUCAACGACUUUUUCCAUUUAAAAUUUAUUGCUACUGGUUAAAUUAUGGCAUUGAUGUUGGUAAAUUGUUCCAAAAUCGCGAAUUCAAUUUUGUUAACAACAAUGAUGCUUAUAUACGAUACCUAUCGUUCGAUACCAUUGAAGAAUUCAAAAAUGAAGUUCUAAGAGUGUAUCCAAAGAAAAUUGAUAUUGGAGCGGUUUUCUCAGCUAAACCCAAAGAAAAGAAAUCAUUGAAACUUUCAGCAUUAAAACCUGUUGAGAAAGAAUUGCUCUUUGAUAUUGAUAUGAACGAUUACGACGAAUUUCGUACUUGUUGCAGUGGCGCUGUCAUUUGUGAGAAAUGCUGGCAGUUAAUAACGGUUGCCAUUAAAAUAUUAGACGCAGCUUUAAGAGAGGACUUUGGUUUUAAGCACUUACUCUGGGUAUAUUCUGGUCGUCGUGGAGUUCAUUGUUGGGUUUGUGAUGAACGGGCACGUAAUUUGAGUGACGAUGAAAGAAAGUCAAUAGCUUCAUAUUUAGGAGUUAUUAAGGGAGGCGCUCAGAAAAACAAAAAAGUUUAUCUACCUAAACAUCAUCAACUUCAUCCUUCAUUAAGUCGCGCUUUUAAUAUCAUUGAGGAAUAUUUUGAGCAGGUUAUUUUAAGGGAUCAAGAAGUAUUGAAAGAUGAACAAGAAUGGUCAAAAGUUCUAGACUGUAUUCCCGACAUUGAUGUAAGGCAAAGGUUGAAUGACAAUUGGAGAAAAAAUCCUUGUAGACAUUCGAUUCAAAAGUGGGACGAUCUGAUAAAUGCAUUAGGGAAUCAAAAGAAAGGCGAUAUAGUUAAAAAGGAAAUUAUGUUUCAAUACUUAUACCCGAGACUUGAUGAAGCAGUUUCAACAAAAAUGAUUCAUUUGUUGAAAAGUCCGUUUUGUGUACAUCCAAGCACUGGGCAAGUAUGUGUACCGAUAAUACCAGAAGAAUGUGAAAAUUUUAAUCCUAUGAGAGUUCCUACGAUCUAUUCACUCUAUAAUGAAAUUGAUGAUUACAAUAAAAAUAACGUGAAUAAAGAUAGAGAAAGAAACUUACACGACGUCCCUAAAACCAUAUAUUAA